CAUAAGCAAAUCUAAAGCAUUAAUCACACAAGUCUAAACCUUUUUCUUCUCGUUUUUAUAUUCUCUCGAGGAAAAAAACGAAAACUUUACGCCGCAGGAAACGAGGAAGAAGGUGUUUUCUAGAUUCGCUGCUUCUUCCUUCUUCUUCUUCAGAGAAUCAAGAAGAAUCUUUCUGGUUCUAUGGGGAAUAUUCUACCGACUGGUUCUAGGGUUUCUGAGAACGAUGGUUCUGAUGACAACAAAUUGAAGGAGAACGAUGUUAAGAUGGAGAAUGUUAACGAAGACGACUCUGAACAAAUUGAAGAUAAUGUGAUGAGUGAGGUUUCUUCAUUGAGAGAUAAUUUUGAAGAACAAGAGGAAUUAGAAAAUGUGUUUCAUGUGGGUGAUUUUGUUUGGGGAGAAGAAGUUAAUAGUCAACAAUGGUGGCCAGGUCAGAUUUAUGAUUCUUUAGAUGCUUCAGACUUGGCUUUGAAGACAAUGCAAAAGGGUAAAUUACUUGUGGUGUAUUUUGGAGAUGGGAACUUUCGUUGGUGUAAUCCAUUGGAAUUGAAACCAUUUCUUGAGAAUUUUAAAGAGUUUUCGAAGAUGAGUGAUUCUAGAAGAUUUCUUAGUGCAGUGGAAGAAGCUGUGAGAGAGAUUGGUGAACAUGUUGAGCAAUUUUUGGUUUGUGAUGACGCGGCUUUGGUUAGUUCUGUAGCUUUGAAUUCGGGGAUUAAAGAAGGUGUUGUUGUGCCUGAGGUUAGAAAAGAGAUUAUGUCGUCUUUGGUUCUUGAAAAUCCUGGAGUUGUUCUUGAUGAUGUGAAACGGCUUGCGAAGACGGUUUGUUUUAGUGAUUUGUUAGAGAUUGAGGUUUUGAAGAGGAAGAUAUCUGCGUUUUAUCGGUGUAAAGGAAGGUUUGAUUUAGCUAAGUUUGAUGAACAUCGAUAUAUUAUUGGACUUGAAGACAAAGAGGAUGAAUCUUGUCAGAGAUCAUUGAGAAAGUGUUCAGGUUUUGCUAAGAAAAAGAGGGAAUUUGGUGAUGUAGCAACCAAUGGUUCUACUACUAUGAGGAGAAGAUUGAGUGAAGUUUCGAAGAUUGUAAACGCUGAGGAAGAAAUUAGUAACGGGAAGAGUUUGUCGUCGAGGAAGAGGAAGAGCGAAAGGGGUUUGGAUGAGAAUGAUGAUGAUGGGGUUGAGAAAAGAGAAGAGUCAAACGACUCAAACCAUUUAGACGAGAGUGAGAACAAAGAUGAUUCGGGUAGAGAAGUAGUUGUAGAUUUAUCAACCCCAUUGGCUUCAAUCUGCAAAAGGCUCAAUGUUGAUGUUUCUUCAAGUGUUAAAAGGAGCAAUGGAAAUGACGAGACGAUAUUGCAGACAGGUAAAAGAGAGAGGAAGAAAAGUAAGUAUCUUUCGCCUGAAUACAUGACGGAUUUUAGUUGCAGAGCAAGAAAGAGCAAAAUAGAAUCUGCUGAAUCAAGUCAUAUCCGAGUAGCAGAGCGAAUAACGACUGAAAAAGCUAUCGAUUUUGUGAAACCGGGAGCUACAUCAGAGGAAAUGCUGGAUCUAAUCCGUGCAACGGCUCUCAAUGCACAAUAUCCAAAAGACUAUAAUACCUCAUGUGAUAUGGUAAGAGAGUUUGUGUCCACUUAUCGUAGCUUCAAUAACAAGAUUCACAAGAGAAACAUUUCAGAUGUAGAGAAGCAGCCUGAGGUAGUGGAUGAGAAGGAGCAAACCAGAAAUGAACCGAAUGAGACGGAUGAGAAGCAAUUUUCAGGUGUUGAGCUAUUUAUCAAGACUGGUUUUGGUUCUACUCUGCCUUCAAAAGAUGAUUUGAUCAAAAUAUACGAAAAGUUUGGAGCUGUGGACAAAGAGAGAAGCUAUAUCUUAGACAACAACUCUUGCGCACGCGUUGCCUUCUUCAAUGCAUCUGAUGGAGAAGAAGCUUUUAACAAGUCGUUAGAGAAAUGCCCAUUUGCUACUACUUCCACAGUAACAUUCAAGCUCAAGUAUCCAUCUUCUGCUUCACCUGAGAAGGAGGAAGCUGAAACAAGAAAGGGCUUAACAGAAAUCGAGUGUUUGAAAGAGAAGCUUGAGGGGAUAAGAGCAUUGAUAGAUCAAUCAGAGGGAAAGAUUACGGAAGAAUUGAAGAUGAAGCUUGAAGAUGAAUCAAGAAACUUGCUUGACAAGGUAAGGAAGAUGAUUAUUCGUUCUUCGUGUAGUUAGGAUUGUUUUAAAUAUUAGUUCAUGGAAGACUUAGGAGACAAAAUGUGUCAAAGCCUGAAUAAGUGACUGUUUUAUGC